CUGGAGCCGCCCGAGGAGCCACUGGCGCCUCCCGGCCGAUUGGCGCCCAAGCCCUCCCGCGGCGCCCUGCUGGCCGCCGUCCUCGUCACCCUUCUCUUCCUCUCCUUCAUCCGCUUCUUCCACCUCUGGGCGAGCUCGGCGCUUCGGCGAGGCGGCGGCGCCGCCGACGGACCCUGCACCGACCCGUGCCGGAUCGUCCUGGUCGAGAGCAUCCCGGAGGGAAUGAGCUACGGCGGCGCCGGAUCCCGCAACCCUUCCACGUUCGACGCGUGGCUCAACCUCGUCGGCGGCGCCCGCCGCAGCCUCGACAUCGCCGCCUUCUACUGGACCAUGACCAACGAGGACACGCAGACCCAGGAGCCUUCGGCCUCGCAGGGCGAGCGGAUCCUGGAGGAGCUCCUCGAGCUGCCGGCCCGCGGCGUCUCCGUCCGGGUGGCCGUCAACACCCCGUCCUCCAAGUUCCCCCUGAGCGACCUGCGGGCGCUCGAGCGCAGCGGAGCCGCGGUGAGGACGGUCGACAUGCCCCGGCUCACCCGCGGGGUGCUGCACACCAAGUUUUGGAUCGUGGACGGCGCCCACCUCUACAUCGGCAGCGCCAACAUGGACUGGCGCUCCCUCACCCAGGUGAAGGAGCUGGGCGCCGCCGUCUACAACUGCAGCUGCUUGGCGCGGGACCUGGGCAAGGUCUUCGAAGCCUACUGGGUGCUGGGUGUGCCCAACGCCUCCAUCCCCGCGCCGUGGCCGGCCGCGUUCUCCACCUCCUUCAACAUGGAGACGCCGUUGGAGCUCAACCUCAACGACACGCCGGCCGCCGUCUACUUCUCGAGCGCCCCGCCGUCCCUCUGCGCCCCGGGCCGCACCGAGGACCUCCGCGCCCUGCUCAGCGUCAUCGACGCCGCCGAGGACUUCGUGCACGUGGCGGUGAUGAGCUACCUGCCCACCAUGGAGUUCUCCUACCCCAAGAGAUUUUGGCCGGCCAUCGAUAACCGCCUCCGGAAGGCCGUCUUCGAACGCCGGGUGAAGGUUCGCCUCCUGGUGGGCUGCUGGCCGCACUCCAAGGCGGAGAUGUUCCCCUUCCUCAAAUCCCUGGCCGCCGUCGGCGACAACCGCACGCGCUACAGCGUGGAGGUGGUGGGUACCGCGCGCCGCCGCCGACCGCGUGUCCCCCGCCCCCCG